AGUGCAGCUUCAGUCUACAACAUCUUCUUGAUUGUGGUUGAUUUGUAGCACAGUAAUCAUGUCUGGAAGAGGCAAACAAGGCGGCAAGACUCGCGCUAAGGCAAAGACUCGCUCAUCUCGGGCCGGGCUGCAGUUCCCAGUCGGCCGUGUUCACCGGCUCUUGAGGAAGGGCAAUUAUGCCGAGCGGGUGGGAGCCGGAGCUCCGGUCUAUCUGGCCGCAGUGCUCGAGUAUCUGACCGCUGAGAUCCUGGAGUUGGCCGGCAACGCUGCUCGGGAUAACAAAAAGACCCGCAUCAUCCCCAGGCACCUGCAGCUCGCUGUGCGCAACGAUGAGGAGCUCAACAAACUGCUCGGAGGAGUCACUAUCGCUCAGGGCGGGGUCCUGCCCAACAUCCAGUCCGUGCUGCUGCCCAAGAAAACAGAGAGCUCCAAGUCGGCCAAGAGCAAGUGAAAUGCCCGCUCCCAGCGCCCCCAUCAGGGAACAACACAAGGGCUCUUUUCAGAGCCGCCCACACCCGCUAAACAGAGCUCACGUGACACAUGGGAUUAUGAGGAGAGAUUUGUAAUAAGAGAAUGAAUAGCGCGAGGCUGUUGCAUUUAGAUUUUGGUUUUUGUACGUCAAAUCCUAUUCUAAUAACUGGGUAUAUCCGGGCACAGAGUACAUAUAAAGCGCCCGAUAUUACAUCCAGUAAUACAAAAGCCAUAAUUCUGCCCAUGGCCCCAACAUGAGUCAUAAACUGUUUCCGCAGGGUGAGGAACUCGGUAUCACGGGGUUUUACAAAUCCCCCCCCCCCACGCUGUAACCUUCAGAAAAUAGGAACAGACAGGGGCGUCCAGUUCCCUACAGGAUUCCAUGGGCCGGUCUGAUCAAUUCCGCUAGUUGGAGGAUCCGUAAUCAGUUAUUUUGGCGGCCUAACAAACCAGUUUCAGCGCAUAUAAAUUAGCCAAUGGCUGACAGGUAUAUAGGCGGGAUUUCUAGACCUGGUACAGAUUUAAUAGGUCACAACGAGGCGUGACUUUAUAGAAAUAAUCACAGGGAGAAUCUGGUUAAAUCAGAGCAGUCACUGACAUUGGGUCACACACUCCCAAGUAAGCGCCACUCAUUGUACAUAUGGCCAUAGUGAUAGAACGAGAGAACUGACCCAACGACCCUGAAUGUAGCGAAAGAGGGGAAAUGACUUGUGUUACGGGAGUGAGUUGCUGAUAAUGUGGAAUGGAGCGGCUGCUGUAGAACAGGCAGAUGUAGAAGCAGGUGGCGCCACACAGCGGUGACUUGAUGCACUUGCUUUGGAUUUACAUUGCCAGAUUAUCAACACAAGAUCCAGGAACGAGUCAGGAUUAGUCUAAAUAAAGAAUCCAAGUUCCUUUACCCUUGUGCUUUAUCACAUAAAUAUGUAAAAAAAGCAGUAACAGCUCUAAGAGUGAGAGUGUGGGGGGCUCUGAAAAGAGCCUUUGGGUAUAAGAUUAGUGGGAAGGAAGAGAUUUAUCCGCCGAAGCCGUAGAGAGUGCGGCCCUGGCGCUUGAGAGCGUACACCACAUCCAUGGCGGUAACGGUCUUCCUCUUGGCGUGCU